AGUUGAAAAAUGGAAAUAUUGAAUACCUUUAACCUACUUGUAUUGACUGGAGUAUUCCUUAUCUACAAGUGGGUGAACAAUAAGCUGAAUUACUGGAAAAGUCGAGGCCUUCAAGUCUCAGAUAUAAGUCCCCUGGAAAAUCUAUUAAACAUAAUUUUCGCUAGAAAUUCUUUCGCUGACCGAGGGCUCGAAUUGUAUACCGACUUCAAGUCCAAAGGAAUUGAACAUGGCGGCUUUUACAUCUUACUCAAGCCGUUUUAUAUGCCUAUCAACUUGGACUUGGUGAAAUCCAUUCUUCAGGUCGAUUUUCAGCAUUUCGUAGAUAGGGGUGUUUACAUGGACGAGAAAAACGAUCCUCUCAGUGCCCAUUUGUUCAGUUUGACAGGAAAAAAGUGGAAGAAUUUGAGGUAUAAGUUGACACCAACGUUUACAUCUGGUAAAAUGAAGAUGAUGUUCGAAACGGUAGUGGAUUGUACAAAAGGAUUACAUAAGCUGAUGGACAAAACGAAUGGAAAAGAAGUGGAUAUCAAAGAUGUUUUAGGAAGGUUCACUACAGACAUCAUAGGAAGCUGUGCAUUCGGCAUAGAAUGUAAUAGUUUGGAAGAUCCGAAGAGUAUUUUCAGACAAAAAGGAAAAGAAUUCUUUGAAGCGGAUCUGAUACGGAAUGCUAAAUUUUUCAUGGCCUUUUCUUUUCCCCAAUUUAUGAAAACUUUCAAUAUAGCGUUUAUACCUCGUGACAUAAGCAGUUUUUUCAUGAACUUGGUGAAGGACACAGUGGAAUACAGAGAGAAAAAUAACGUUAAACGAAAAGACUUCAUGCAACUGUUGAUCCAGCUCAAAAAUGAAGGAAAACUAGUCGAUGAUGAGAAGAUGGAAGCGGAAAAAAUUAAUGAAGAUGAAAACAGGAUAACUAUGAACGAGAUCACAGCACAAGCUUUUGUUUUCUUCCAAGCUGGUUUCGAAACAUCUUCAACUACCAUGACUUUCUGCUUGUACGAAUUAGCAAGAAACAAAGAGAUCCAAAAAAAAUUGAGGACGGAAAUAAUCCAGACAUUGGACAGACAUGGUGGUAAAAUAACAUACGAAAAUGUUCAUGAGAUGACAUAUCUGGAUCAAGUAAUCAAUGAAACUCUCAGAAAAUAUCCACCACUACCUAAUUUGAACAGAAUAUGUACAAAGGAAUACAAAAUACCAGGUACAGAUGUGAUAUUGGAGAAAGGAAUGCAGGUCAUGAUACCAGUGGUAGGCAUACAUCGUGAUCCAGAAUACUAUCCAGAUCCAGACAAAUUCGAUCCAGAUAGAUUCACGGAAGAAAACAAGAAAAGUAGGCAUCAUUUUAGCUUUAUACCCUUCGGAGAAGGACCACGUAUCUGCAUAGCAUUACGUUUCGGAGUCCUGCAAUCCAAAGUUGGUCUAAUAGCACUUUUAUCUAAAUAUGAAUUCUCAGUUAACAAGAAAACAGUCGAACCUAUUCAGUUCAAGGCAUCAAGUAUUGUUACAGCAGCUGAGGGAGAAAUAUGGCUGGAUUUCAAAAAAAUCCCAGAAGGAAAUUGAUGAUGAUGAAUUAUAGUCAUUCAAAUAUAGACUAUUCAUUUAUGUAUAGACUACAUAUUCAAGUGCAUUAUCGAAGUCUGCUUUUGGUUGAAAAUGGAUGAUGAUCUUGAGUAGCUAUACUGUCAGGCAUUUGAUAUUCCAUCUUGAAUUCAUACUCCUCGAGGAGUGCUUAGUCCAUGAAACGUGAAUGAAAUUUUGUUAAUUUUCUUAACAAUUUUCUAAUAGUUUUUGGUACUAUGGUAAUAACAGUUAUACUGUUGUGGGACCAAUUGCAAUGUUUAAUUAUUUUUUUUAGAUAAGUAGUGAAUUUGUUGAUUUUUUUUCUAUGAAGAUUUUCUGUUAUAUUGCAAUAAACAUAUUUUUAUUAUAAUUA